GUCGGAGAGGCGGCUCUCUUUACCAUAACAAUGGACACGGUGUUAGCCGGCUCUCCCGCUUGUGCGUGUUUCUCCCGAGAGAUCUAGCUGAAGACCGGGAGGGGGAGGUGGGGGAGGUAAAGGGCUGUCGGGGACUCGGCGUGGUUUCUCGGGCUAACUUUUUUCCCAACGGCUAACGAGGUUAGCCCGAAACGGCCGCCUCUGCCAGUGUAGCGCGGCUAACGUUAGCGUGCUAUAGAAGUGCACGGUAGCCGACCGUUAGCCAAACGGCAAGCUAACGAGCCGCAUCUGGGUCUCGCGUCUCGCGAAGCGGCCGCGUUGCGAGUUUCCGUGGUAGACUCGAAACCAGUUGAGCCUCGCAGGUUUGUGGCUGCCGUAAAAUAGUGGCGCUUACAAGGUGGCGUCCGUACUGGGACAAAUCGCAAAACCUGAAAAGCUCCAGCUGCGCGUCUCGAACUGACACAUAGGUUAUAACCAUUUAUAGCGAGCGAGAGUCCUUAACAGCGUGUGGUUCUCGUAUUAUUGGCUUAUUUAUCAGUGUCAUCCCUCCCCGGCACAGCAUGCUAUCUCUGCCUGACUCGGUUGUACACAUACCGGUCGUUAUACCGCCCCAGCGGAGAGGAGAGACGAGAGGAAAGAGAGAAAAUGCGUUGAAAAAAGCUUCUUCUUCUUCUUUUGGUCAGUGUCAUCGCACCUCGGUCGCUUUUCAAAUCGGAAUACGUUCGAUAGAGUUGGAUUGAAGCUUGGUUGAUUUGAGCUGAUCCUCAAAUCCAAACAAAACGUAUUGGUGGCGUCGUCCCGGAACCUCCUUUUGACAGUAAGUCUACAGGGCGGAUAGACAUGCGUCUGUCAUCCUUUCUGGCCGUGUUCAGGCCUGCUUUGCCCCUUAUCCUGGGGCUGUCGUUGGGGUGCAGCCUAAGCCUAUUGAUGGUGUCUUGGACUCAAGGGGACACGGAUGACUCAUGUGGGAAUGAGUUGGGCAACGGGGGGCUUUUUAGAGGGGACAGGGGAGAUUCCAGGGAUGGGGCCGGCAAUGAGGACUUCCAACCACGCAUUGUGCCCUACCACAAGGACCCCAACAAACCACACAAGAAAGUUCUCAGGACCAGGUAUAUUCAUACUGAGCUGGGUAUCAGAGAGCGCCUGCUGGUGGGCGUGUUGACUUCCCGGGCCACCCUCAACACACUGGCUGUGGCAGUGAACCGCACGGUGGCCCACCACUUCCAUCGCACCUUCUUCUUCACGGGCUUGCGCAGCCCCAAAGUGCCCCAUGGCAUGACCGUGGUUGCCCAUGGUGACGACCGCCCGGUAUGGCUGAUGUAUGAAACAGUGCGGCACUUGCAUCAGCACUACGGCUCAGACUAUGACUGGUUCUACCUGGCACAGGAUGACACUUACAUGCAGGCAGACCGCUUGUCAGAGUUGGUAGGCCACCUUACUGCAGGGCAGGACCUGUACAUGGGCAGGGCUGAGGAGUUCAUUGGUGGAGAGGAGAAGGCACGCUACUGCCACGGGGGCUACGGCUACCUGCUGUCCCGCAGUCUGCUGGCCCGGCUGCAGCCCCACCUGGAUACCUGUCGCAAUGACAUCCUCAGUGUAAGACCUGAUGAGUGGCUGGGCCGCUGCAUCAUCGACUACCUGGGUCUUAGCUGUGUGGAAGUACAUCAGGAAAUGACUUAUCAUUACUUUGAGCUCGGGAAGAACGCAGAUCCAGAGCGGGAGGACAGCGAUGAAUUUAAGAAUGCGUUCACAGUUCAUCCUGUGUCGGACCCAAAUCUAAUGUACCGCCUUCACAAACGCUUCAGCCAGAUUGAGCUUGAGUGGACCUAUGUACAGAUCCAGCAGCUCCAGAUGCAGAUUAACAACCUGAGUGAUCUGACUCCAGAGGGGAAGGCGGGAGCAACCUGGCCUAUUGGAAUCAACCCUCCUUUCAAACCAAGGACCCGCUUUGAGGUCAUCAACUGGGAAUACUUCACUGAAGAGCAUAUUUACUCAUGUACUGACAGUUCCCCCAAGUGUGAACUGAGGGGGGCUGACCAUGCUGAUGUUAACGCAGUGCUAGAGAUUGCUGUGGAGCGCUUGAAUGAGAAAUACCAGCCCCAGCUACGCUUCCGCAAGCGCCGUUUGCUCAAUGGUUACCGACGUUUUGACCCCACGCGAGGUAUGGAAUACGUGCUGGACCUGGCACUGGAGGCAUACACCCAGAAGGGUCACAACCAGGUCAUCGCAAAGCGGGUUCAUCUGUUGCGACCCCUCAGUGCAAUCGAGAUCAUUCCCAUGCCUUAUGUGACAGAGGCCACACGGGUCCAGGUCAUCCUCCCAGUUACAGCACAAGAUCAGGAUUAUGUUGGUAACUUCCUGGACAUGUACGUAAUGAACACCUUGGAUACCCAUGACAAUGUCCUGUUGACCUUUCUAUUCAUCUAUGACCCAUUUGAUGCCCAGCGGGUCAGCCAGACUGACGUAUUCGCUGGGAUCAAGGCCAUGAUUGGGGAGGUGGAGAAGCGCUAUGGUGACGUGAAAAUCCCUUGGAUCAGUGUAAAGACAGAAGUGCCCUCUCAGGUCAAGCUCAUGGACAUUAUUUCCAAGAAGCAUCCGGUGGACACACUAUUCUUCCUGGCUAGUGUCUGGACAGAGGUCAAUGCCGACUUCCUCAAUCGCUGCCGAAUGAACGCCAUUAGCAACUGGCAAGUAUUCUUCCCCAUCCAUUUCCAGGAGUUCAGCCCCGCUGUCAUCUACCGUGACCAGCAGCCUUCUGCAGCCUCCUCUUCGUUUGCCUCUGAAGCACUGCGUGACGGCCACUUUGACCGCCACGUGUUCGACGAGGCUUGCUUCUACAAUGCAGACUACAUGACUGCAAGAACCAAGAUGGCCGCCGAUAUCUUGGACAAUGAGGAGCUGCUAGAAAGCAUGGAUGUGUAUGACAUCUUUGUGCGUUACUCCGGCCUGCAUGUAUUCCGGGCAGUAGAGCCAGCAUUGAUUCAGAAGUAUGUGCGGCGGGCUUGCAACCCCCGGUUCAGUGAGGACAUCUACCAUCGUUGUGUGCUCAGCAACCUGGAGGGCCUGGCCUCACGCUCUCACUUGGCCAUGGCUUUGUUUGAACAAGAGCAGGCCAACAGUACCUAGAGGGGCCUCAACUGCUUGGGGGAUCUUUAGCAUGGGGAAUGCGUGAGCCUCAGUUAUACUGGCUAGAAUUGAACAUCAUGAUUACGAAUGGUAUGAAUCAUUACUCGUAACUUAAUUAAUCCCUAAAGGGAAAUUCUUCACUGGCUUGCUCCCCCUUUCACAGGGAGGCUGAAAUGUGGAGUCAGUUGCAGGAAAGCAACCCUGUUGCUGUUGGGAGUUAAGCAUCUUGCUCAAAAACACUUGAUGCUCGGCUGACGCUUGAAGCUGGGUCCUCCGGUUGAAGGGUUGUCUGUGGAGCUGCAAGUAUUUCAUGAUGAGUGAUGUAUCCCAACAACAUGGACUAAACUACUGUGCACAAGGGACUGAGCAGUUGUAUUGCUUGUACUGCUUCCAUCGACAUGUUUGAAGAUAUGGGCAGAGCUAAUAUGUUCAUUAUUCCAGUUUAAGUCCCAUGGGACGUGCUGUCUUGACAUACGGGGUGAACAUACAGUGUACUUUCAUUGUCAACCGUUAUUGUUCAUUUGUUUUAUGAUGGGGUAAAAAAAAAAGAUACUUGAGCCAUAAGUCUUCAUUGACGAAGAUUUUGAAUAUGAUACUGGAGUCAAACAGAAGCCAUCAACUGUUUGUCAUUUCUUUUAAAACGAGUUGUUUUCAAAAAUGGUAUUAAAGAGUGCUAUACCACUCAUACUAGUUUCCUCCAUUCAUGUUCAGGGGCAGGCAGGAAUGCUUUAUUCAGUCUCAUUAGACAAAACGGCAACUGUUAUUAGGAUUUGUACAAGGCAUGAUUGAAAAAUAGCAAAAUUAUCCAUUAUCUGCUUGGCAGAGCUGAAGAGAGGGCAAUAUGGCAGAAGAUUCCUACAGUUAAUAAUGGUAGCUUACGCACAUUCAGGGAAGUUCACUCUGUGCUUUUCCCAGUUUGCCUUUAAGAGCUUCACUGUGAUGCCUUGAGGCAGUGUACAGUUUGUUCUGAAGCUGUCAGCCCCGCCUUGUCUCCUCAUAUUAAGUCAGUAAUUCUCCACCGCUGCCUGGGCCUCCCUGGUUUGUGGCUAAAUUUCUGCACAUACAUAUGUCUUCAUGGACUAAACGCUCAUUUACGAAGGGGAGGGUCCUUUCCAUCUGGCCAGGGUCCAAGAAAGGGGUGGGUGGUUUACCUUCACAGCAAGACGGUUGAAGCCACUGAAUGAGCUGCUUCACAACCCUCUUCGUACCCUCGCCUUGGGCAAAUGGCUGACAGGAUUGCACUGAAGCCUUAAAUGCCCCCACCCAUCGCGAACCCAACCCCCCAUAUAACUUCCCUGUGCAAGGGAUGUUAGCUCAGGAGAAUGGUGGAGGGUUGGACUGAAUGGGGCUCUUUUUGAGGUGGGAGCAGUACGGCUGGAGUCAGCAUUACAGCAUUGCUGGUAGGCCUCCACCUGUUUCCUUGCGGUGAGAUCCGCGAACAAUAAAUCGCCUGUCUCCCACCUCCAAGGAACAUGUUGCUCAUGCAGGAAAGCAUAACUCAGAAACGUGUUUGAGAAGUAAGUCAGCACAUUGCCUGUGCCUAGAAUGGUCUUUUAGUGUUAAAUACUCCAAAAAAAGUGGCCAUAGGGGAUAAAAUUACUUUUUUUUACAAUGUAUCCUGCGAUUUUAUUUUCCUCUGCUGAUAACAGCCGUUCUCAGCCAUAUGGAAACUUCAUUCCUCUCAUUUUACUUAGAACCUCCAAUGUAUUUAAACACAGUCGAAUGUUGAUAUAUGAUGGGGAAAAAAAGUGCAAUAAAACA